AUGGCAACCACAAAUGGAGCUUUCCCAUUUCAAAAGCUUGCAAAAGAGAACUAUGAUCGAUGGAGCAUACAAAUGAAAACUUUCCUUGGAGGACAAGACGUUUGGGAAGCCGUUGAAGAAGAAUAUGUUGAACCGGAGAAUUUGGCUUCGUUAAGCGAAGCCCAAAAGAAGACAUCCAAAGAAGCCAAGGUGCAAGAUCAAAGAGCGCUAUCCAUCAUCCAACUCGGUGUAGACGAUAGUAACUUUGAGAAGAUUUCUCAAGCUACAACGGCGAAGCAAGCGUGGGAUAUUCUUAACGAUGCUUUCAAAGGCAUUGAUAAGGUGAAGAAGGUACAAAUCCAAUCACUUCGUGGAGAGUUCAAGUCUUUGAAGAUGAAAUACUCCGAAGAUGUUUCCGACUACGUCUCAAGGGUGGUUUCGAUCGUUAACCAACUUGAAAGAAAUGGUGAAACAAUAUUGGAAGAGAGAAGAGUGGUUGAAAAAAUAUCCAUUGAUCCUAAGUUCGACUACAUUGUCGUGGGAAUUGAAGAGUCAAACGACGUUGAGAGUCUUAAAGUGAACGAGAUAUUGGGAAAGUUACAAGUCCAUGAGGAGAAGAUCAAGAGGCGAAACAAAGGGCCCGAAGUUGAACAAGCCCUUCAAGUAAAGACGAACCUUGCCGACCAACCAAAAUAUGAUGGUCCUCGAUUUCGAGGCAGAGGUAGAGGCCGUGGUCGUGGACGCGUCGUGGUCGUGGCAGAGGUCGUGAAGGACAAUCCUCGUACAACAAUGAUGAUACGAAGCAAGAGAAUCGACCAACAAGAGGUCGUGGACGCGGAGGAUUCAAUCGGCAUCAAGACAAGUAUCGAAAUGAGUCAAAUGAUGAAAAGACUCAUUAUGUUGAAACAACGGAAAAACAAGUUGCCGAGCUAUCUCUAA